AUGUUCGCGCCCAUGUCCAAAGGAGGGUCUGACGAUGCUUGGCAGGCACAGGACGAGGCAGGAUCGCUCAAGCCCGGUCGCUUUCGCGCCUAUCUCGCCGAUCAGCUCGCUCCACCGGAUUCUGCCAGCACUUCGCCUGCAUCACGGCCCAUCCCUUUCCCCAGGGGUGAAGGACCUUCAAGCUCGUCGAGCCGACGUAAAAACAAGGCUUCUGCAGACAAGGGCAAAGCGAGGGACAUGGAUAGAGGCUUCAUGGCAAGCUUCAACCAGCCGGAAGCUGCCGCAUCCACCAGCCUCGGCAAACGACUUGCAACAGGCUUUGGCUUCCGACCAAGCGCCGCCAAGCCCAACAAGUCGAUCGGUACAUCUCGCAUCUUGCGCGCAGAUGGCACGCCCGCCCCGGCGUUUCCCGCACGAUCUAUCGACUCGUUCUACCCCGCUUCCCCCCAUGAAGCCAAUCUUCCUUCUAGGGGCAUUUUUGUCAAACGAGCACAGUCAUCUGCAACGGCACUGGGCCCCUCCCCUUUCCAAUCGCCUCCGCCUCGCAGACGAAGGGUCACCAGCAUACGCGAUCGAAACUGGGAGAGGGAACGCGAAAGGGAGAGACUCCGUCCCAAUCGUAGCUGGCUCAACAAUCUCAUCCGACCGCCACGAGAGAUAGUCGAGGGCUGGCUCGAUAGCUGGUGGAAACGUUGGUUUGCGCUCGCUGGUCUACCGAGUCUGGUGGUGUGGAUCUGGUGUGCAGCACCUUUUCCCAAGACCGACCCUUACGAUCCAAACCUUCCAUGGUGCAAUCCCGGUGAAGAUGGCAGGUCGGGCGACCCCAAUAAUCCACCUUGGUGCUAUCCGGCCAACAUGACUUCCUCGACCAUCCAAGCAGCAGCCGCGACCUUGACAUCCCCGGGGACAUCAACCAUGAAUCUUCCGACGGUGUCUGGCUUCGUCUGGUUCAUGACUAAUAUGCUUCUUUCCAACUUUGCCUUCACAUCAACCUCGUCUUCUGGCUCCCAGCAUCCGAUUGGCGAUGGCGACCGUCUCACCGUUGACGCCAAUUUUUGGUUUUUCCUCAUCUUUUACUAUGGAAUCUACGUCGGUGUUGCGCUCAUCUACAUUACACAGCUGUUUGGCUUGUACAGACUCAACUGGUGGCCAGCUGCGCUCGGCGCGAAAACAUCCUACACCUUUUUCUGGAUAGGCAGUCUCGUCGCCGGUUACAUCCUACACGAGCUCGAUCCGCUCGGCACCGAAACUCGGCACCGUCCGAAUGCUGGCGGCUCGGACGUUGAACGAGAGGAUGGAGUGUCGCAGUUUGCUACGCUGCUAACGUUUCCGAGUGCUGUCAAGCUGCAACAGUGGUCAAAUGUGGUGACGGCCAACGUGCUGGAUAGCAAACCUUCGAUCGACGACGCCGACAUCCAGUGGCAGCGCAAGACGCUCUGGGUCGGACUUGCAUUUGCGACCAUGGCCAUGCCGGCGCUCGUCUGCUUUGUCGGUCUGCGACGAAGCGGUCGACAAAUGUAUCGGCACAGCCUGACGGACCACCAAAAGACAUUCUUGGAGCGGCAGCUGAAUCGGCGGAUCCCUUCUUCCUACAUUCGCUUUCUCUGGUUUAUGUCGACCAUCGGUCUGUCGCUGUUCGCGCUCAUAGCAGGUCAGGGCUAUGCUUCAGUCUAUCUGUCAACGCUACCGCACACUGGCCUGGACGGCGUUGCCUACGUCUCAUUCUGGACGCUAACCGUCAACGGAUUGGCGCUGGUCUCGCACUGGAUCCUGGAGUCCAAAGUGCGUAGCAGAGCGUUGGUCUUCGCUUUCAAGUACUACUACUUUUUGGUCUACUUUAUCUUUUACCGCAACCUCUUUGCUCGACUCCGCUCGUUCGACCAGUUCGCUCUCGUUCAGCUGCUCUCGUCGUUCUGGGUGUGCAUCUGGUAUCCACUGUCCAUGUCGCGACUCUGUCACCGUAUCGUACAGUACUUCAACCCAUCGCCACGCUCGUGGGAGGAAUACGUCGAGUCGGUCGGUCUCGCAUUCUACCUUCGCAACCUUGCGCAAAACACGACGAUGCUCGCUUUCCUCGGCUGGGUCAGCAUCCUCCACUUUGGCAGCAACCAAUCGCUCUAUCCUUUUUUCGCGUACGACAAUAAACACGAUCCUUACAACUACCAGCUAACCAUGCUGGGCUCAGUGGCCAUUUGGGGUUCCGAGCUACUGUCGUCGUUUGUGGCCAGGCAGAUCUGUUAUUGGGCGUUCAAGGUGGAUGUGACAAAUCUGGGUUUGGACGAGAUGAGGGAGUUUCCGGAGCUGCUGACCACCAUCGGAUGGGGGUCGGUGCAUACUUUGAUGGACAUGCUUAUGUUUUUAAUCAAGCUCAACUUUCGUUAG